GACAGAUUUGAGGAUGCCCAAUAUACACUUCAGUCUCCAACUCAUCUGAUCGUUCGCUCUCUGGCUGUUAGUGACUGUCUGCUGGGCUCUUUGGUCAUGCCGUACAGCAUGGUGCGAUCUGUUGAAGGCUGCUGGUAUCUGGGAGAUGUUUUACAAAGGAAUUUAUCUCAGCAUCUGGAGCAGACGUGAUGACUUCUAAUGAAACUGACACUCAGAUUGUUUUUCUCUGCUAUCCACUCCGGCCGGACUCCUGUCUAAAAGUACAGCGUUAUGUUGUGGUUAAAGUGGCAAUGUAUGCUUUCUUGGUGCUGAUGAUCCUCACGACAGUUUUUGGGAACCUUCUGAUCAUCAUCUCCAUCUCUCACUUCAAACAGCUUCAGUCUCCAACUCAUCUGAUCGUUCGCUCUCUGGCUGCCAGUGACUGUCUGCUGGGCUCUUUGGUCAUGCCGUACAGCAUGGUGCGAUCUGUUGAAGGCUGCUGGUAUCUGGGAGAUGUUGUGUGUAAAGUUCAUUCUAGUUUAGACAUGACCUUUUGUAUCUCCUCAAUACUGCAUCUCAGUUUAAUAUCUGUUGACAGGUACUGGGCCAUUUGUGACCCUCUGAGGUACAAAAUGAGGGUCACAAACAACACUGUGACUGUAUUUACUACCUUUAUUUGGCUGUUUUCAUUUCUCUACAGUUUUUCUAUUGUGUUUUCAGGUGUAAACAAAAUUGGUUUGGAGUUGUUCAUCAUGCAGGUUUAUUGUGUGGGAAGCUGUGUUUUGUUCUUUAACAAACAAUGGGGUAUUAUAUGUCCAGUUCUCACAUUUUUCCUUCCUGGGACAAUCAUGAGCUCUCUGUAUAUGAAAAUCUUCUAUGUUGCACGAAAACAUGCAAAGGUUAUGUCAGAAAGAGUGACUGGAGGGUUGAAGAGCCAAAGCUCUGCUCACAGAGAGAAAAAAGCAGCUACAACUCUGGCCAUUGUUAUGGGUGUGUUUUUGUUCUGCUGGCUGCCAUAUUUUACGGUUACUGUUCUCGGCCCUUUUUUCAAUUUUUUGACCCCAGCUGAUGUUUUUGAUGCUUUGGUUUGGUUUGCAUACCUUAACUCCACUUGUAAUCCACUGAUUUAUGGUUUUUUCUACCCUUGUUUUCAGAAUGCUUUUAAGAUUCUUAUAUCCACUUAUGUCUGUUGCAUCAAUGAUUCAAACACCUUGAUAUUAGAAUGACUACGGCACUUACACUUAUUUCACCCAUCAUAACAAAGUUAUAUUUUUAUGUAAUUCUUUUAUUUGCUAGUUAUAUGUUAUGCUGAUACCAUUUUGCAAAUGUAUUAUUUUUACUUAUGAACAUUUCUGCAUUAAUAGAAGGAGUGAUCUUCUUUAAUAGAAUAUUUAGUAAUCUGAAGAGAGGGGCAGGGAGUGGGACAUUAAACAUUCAGGGCAAAAAUCCAUGUUCAAAAAAACAGAUAUUUUCAGAGAAAUUCCAGAAAACUUUUGUACU